AUGUCAACUUCUAUCCCUCCCGAAAUUUUUCAAAAUAUCUUUAAAGAUCUUGAUACAGAUUCAUUAUAUUCAGUUAUUCUGGUUAAUCGUAUAUGGUGUUCUAAUGCUAUUUCUAUUCUUUGGCAAAACCCAUUAGAAAUUUUAUAUCAAAACGAUGAUAGUGAAUAUUUUGAGACAAAUGUGAAAUCAGUUAUAAAAACUUAUAUUUCUUGUCUUCCAAAAGAAUCUAAACUUAUGUUAUCUUUCACUGAUUUGUGUGUUGACUUAUUAUCAGCUUCAUCAAUUCCAACUUUUAACUACCCUUCUUUUUUACAUACAUUAAAUUAUGUUUUAUUAUCUGAUUCUGUGAAUAGAAUUGUUAAAGAUAAUGCUAAUGUUAUGAUGGUCUUAAUUUUAUUAUGCAAAUUAUUCUUCGACCAAGGCAUUCACAUUAAAUCCCUUGAACUUAGCACUCAUAUGAUAAACAAUUAUAUGGGUUCACAUCUCAAGACAAUAUAUAUGAAUUUAAGGGAAAUACCUGGUGCAGAUCCUUUUCUUUCAAGAAUACAAAGAUUAUCCGAAAUAGCCAAGGAAAUCCGUACUUUAGAUAUUUUAUUGGAAUCUGGUUAUGAAAAUGAAUGUGGUAGUAAUGAGCUAUUUACAUUGAUAAAUGCUCAAGUUAAUUUACAACAGAUCACAAUAAUCUCUUUAAAAAAGACGAUUAAAGCCAUUUCAGCACUUCGAUCUAAAUCCAAUACACUUCGAAAGAUCUUUAUAAAAGGAAUUGUUUCCUUUUCAUUGGAUUUCUUUUAUGAAUGCUCAAAUCUUGAAGAAUUAUCUUUAUUAUAUAAUGAAUCACAUCUACUUACGAAUCCUCAAAUUUCCAGACAACUUCGAUCUGAACUCCAAGGGUACAUACAAGCUGGAAUUCUGGACCGUACUCAAAUGUUACCAUCUGUACAAAUGGUUUCCGCUAUUCGAAGGACAGUGGCAAGCAUACAGGAAACAAUGGUUCCUCGAGUUCAAGCACGAACAAACGAGAAAUCACAAUCUCUGCAUUCUUCUGAAAUGAAUACACCAUCCCCACCACUUUGUUCUAAUUACUCAAAUUUAUCUAAACUUACCGUAUUUGAAAUCAAUCUUGAUAGUUUUCAAACUACGGAACAAGUAAUUGAUAUAAUUCAAUGUAAUAAGGGUGGUCUUCGUGAAUUACGGAUUCGAAAUACCGCAUCGAUAUCUGUAGAGCAUUUAAAGCAAUUAUUCUUGAUAGUUAUUAAUCAUUGUCCAAAUCUGAUUCAUGUAAUGUUAUGUAUUCCAAACAUAGCAAUAUCUGAAAUUCCAAAUCUUUUUAAAAGAUGUUCAUUACUUGAAGAAGUUUACUUACGAGCAGUAAAAACAACGGAUAUUAGUGAAACCCUUGAUGAAAUGAGAUUGGAUGUUCCAAUUCAUUUAAAAUCCCUUAGUUUAGGAUUAUAUAGUUGGAAAUAUUCGUUUGAGGCUAUUAAAGGAUUCUUGAAUGAAUGUGAAUUAAGAGUAAAUAGGAAACCUAUUAGGUUUUUGUAUAGCAAUAACUUGACUAAGGAUGUGAUUGACGUGCUCAAGUUGUAUGAAUUAAAAGGGACAUUAGAGUUGGUAGAAAAGAGAUUAUGGUCGUCUACGUAA